AAUCCCACGGCGGUAAGCUUACCGGGAUGUUCGGGUUCGCCAAAGCCAUCCCGUCGAUCAACGGUCAAUGACCAUUCCGCAACAUGCUAACGCGGGACAAAAAUGAAUCAGGCGAGCAAUCCCACGGCGGUAAGCUCACCGGGAUCUUCGUGUUCGCCAAAGCCAUCCCGCCGCUUUGGCGCCAAAGCUUUUAGAAUUCUAAUCUGCCCGCCUCUUUCUCGUAUAUCUUCCCUUCCUUCCCUGUUUCGCCGCGCUUGGGAGCAUCCGACCUCCACAUCGUCUCCUUUCCACAGCUCGAAGGGGAAUGGAGAGCUUCGAGGACGCCCCCCUCCUCCCUUUCUACGAAGAACCCUCCUCACCCAUCCCUCAGCGAAAGCUGAAACGCCUGAGGAAGGCAUCCGGACCUAGGGUUUCCGAUCCGCCGAUCGCUCCAACCCUAGAUCCCGAUCCCUCUUACCAUUCCGCUUCCGAGGAUCUCCCUGAUGCGCGAGAGGUGCCGGAUUUGGAGGGAUCCGCGGCGGAUGCGGUCGAUCCGGCGCCUGCAUCAGAGGAUUUGGGCAAGGGAAUGGCUUCUGACGACGAGCUCGAUCCUUUGUUUCCAGACCCGAGGGAUGCAUCUAAAUCCUGGCAGCCUCGGGACAUGGAAGAAGGAGAAGAAGCAGAAGAAUGGUGGGGGGGUUCCUCUUGGGGAGGAGAGAGUGGAAGAAUUGGAAUGGGGGGAAUAAUGGAUGAUCUGAGGAAGGAGAGAUCGGCAAAGAAGCGGCUGAAUUUGGAAGGGGAAGAAGAUAUCACGGAGAAGAAGAAAAAGAAGAAGAAGAAGAAGUCUGGUGAGUUGGCCGGCCAGGAAGGCAGACCAGAAGAAUCCAUUCGAGAGAAGAGAAGACUUGAGAAGGAGAGGAUGGCUAAUCUGGAGCAAAUUCAUGCUGAAUCUCAGAGACUGUUGCGCGAAACUAGAGAUGCUUCAUUUAAACCUGUGCCUCUUGUUCAGAAGCCGAUAUCAUCUGUUUUGGAGAAGAUCAGGCUAAGGAAGUUGGAAGUAUCAAAAAAACCUAGCGUUCUCUAUCAUUCUGAUUCUAUUGCUGAUACUGAUUGUUCUGCGGCUGAGAUGUCUCACGUCUCUGAUCUAUCUGGGUCUAAUAAUGGGAAGGAAAACAAUGAGACAUCAAAAAUGUUGCAGGAUGAUGCUGUCCAAGCUAUGGAUGGUGACAGCAGUGCAAGUUUUCUGAGCUGCCAUGAGAAUGUUACCUAUAGCAAGGCUUCUGAUGCACACCUGGAGGACUCCUUUCAGAUUCCAAAUAAUGACACACAGAAUGUUUCUAAAGACUCCAAACAAAGCAACAGAGAGAAGAACCAGUUUGAUGAUGGUGCUGAUGAUACUAUAGAUGUUCUUAGUCCGUCCUUGCCUGCUUCAAGCUCAAAACCUGAUCCUGCUGAUGUUUCAUCAUCAUCAGAAGAAGACAAUGACAAGGAAAACAUUGAUCCUCAUCCUCACAAGGCUGCUGUCAUGGACUCAUAUCCAGAAGGUGUUCCAGCAAAAGCAUUUCUAGAUGAUGAGGCUGAAGAAGAAGAUGAUAGUGACCAUGAUCUAACAAGGUUUCCUGAAGAUGAAGAGGAUGAUGAAAGUGAUGAAAAUGAAGUGUUUGAUGAUCUGAUUGCCAGUGGUUUUGAGGAGGCACCUAUAGAUCAUGAAAAGCGUAAUCAGCUUCAUCAGAAGUGGCUUGAGCAACAGGAUGCAGCAGCAACAGAUAAUGUUUUGCAGAGACUAAAAUAUGGUAAAUAUCAGAAAGAACCUACAGUACUUGAUGAGGAGGAUGAUGAAGAAUUAGGUGAAGAUUCUGAAGAUAAAGCAUCAUAUGAUCUGCCUCCAGCAAAUUUCGUCCGGAAUAAUUCGAAGAAGGCAAAACAAAUGAUUGCACAAAUGUUUACUGAUGAUCACGAUGCUUAUGUUCCAUCAGAUGAUGAGGAAACAGAGCAGACUCUAAUUCGCCAAUGUCUAUCAAAGCAGAUGGAGGAAUCCUCAUUUGUGUCUCCAGUAGAGGAUGAACAUUCCAGAGAAGUCUUUGGUCUUAUAAAGAAGCUGAAUAUUGCUCCCGAUUCCAAGAAGAGAGGAAAAACAGCAACAUCUAACUUUAACAUGCUGAUGAUGGGAGGGAACAGCAAUAGCUCUUCAAAGUCAUCUUUUCUGGGUCGAGCAACAAGUAGUUCAUUACCAUCUUCCCACAAGCAAGGAUCAACAACUGUGCGGACAUUCAUUUUUAGUCGGGAUGACACCAAUAGUAGGAGUGGUAUCUCAACUACUGACAAUCUCUCAGAUAUGGACCAAGCAGAAAACGAACCUAAGCAUACUUCAUCGUCUAAGUUCAGGGGCUCACAGUUGAAACCAGCUUCUUCUAGAACAAAAGUUGAGGGCAAUGGAAGUUCAGGUUCUUCACUUUUUGAGAUCCUGCGCCAGUCAUCUACGAUUUUCGAUAAACAACUGGAGAAUAAAAGGGGAAGCAGCAGUCAUGUAAUCACAGAAACACAGGCUGCCUACCAAUUUUCUGCAUUUAAGUUGGGAAAGAGGUUUCCAAAGGUGGAGGCUAGGAAUUAAUGCCAGAGCAUUGAAGAAAGCCCGGCAAGGAUAUGUUUAAUUUCCCAUAUUCAAUGUCUCCAUCUUUCAUCUGAAUAAAGUUACUGAUAUGCUGGCUUUCUUCCAUCUUUAUGUGUAGAGGUUUAUAUAUUGAUCAAGGAUCUUCCCUGAAGUGAACAGAAUGAAAUCCAAGCAAAGUGGUGUUCAAAUUACAUAAAAAUCACAGGUGCUUGCAAGGAUCUUUCCUUAAAGAAAAUUGCACAUGUUUUUUCCCACUAAUAUUGAGUUGAAGUUGCAGCAGACUUGGUGGCAUCUUUUGUUGCAAACCAUGCUGGCUCGGUGACUUGGAAUUUUAGUUCAUUUCUGCUCCACUCUGGGAUAUUGUGCUUGCUGAUUCUAUGGGCUGUAUCCAUUCGAAGGCUGUGUAAACAGGUGGUCAUAUCAGGAGAAAAAAGACGAGUGUAAUCAAUAAAGUUGGAAGCAAUUUUUGUUUAGGAUAAUCGACAGAAUGUGUCUUGUGCCCAAUACUCCUAAAAACUGCUUUCAACUGAAGGGAAAUGAUAUUAUGACAUUCAUGCAGUGA